UGUUUGCAUUGUUACACACACACAUGCCCAAACACCCGCAGGGCAAUGUCCUAACAAAUACUCUCUCUUUCUCGGGUGAUCUUGCUGCACUCUUCUCAUCUCGUCAAUUAAAAUGGAGGACAACGGAAAUAAUGCUGGCUUUUUUGAGAGUACUUAUAACAAACUGACUUAUCCCGAGGACAUUAGUGAAGAUGACCACUCUUUCAACUUAAACCAAGAGAGGCAACAAGUGUCCCUGUCCACAAUGUGGCCUGGAUCCCGUUUAAAUCGUUACAAAGUGCUUGCAGUGAGCCUGGCAGUGCUCGCUGCCUUUCUGCUGGCAGUUGAUAUUGGCCUGGGAGUCUACUACCUCAGACUUUCUUAUGGGAACCAUUUAGUAACAGACAUCAGCACUGAGAUUGCCAAAUUGCAGGCUACUUACAACACUGCACUCCAAAGCAAGACUGAAGCCAAACAGGAGGUGGCGAAAGAGAUCAAGUCGCAGCAAAUUACCAAGUGGGAGCUUGACCAUCUGAACAGAAGGAAAAAAGAUAACGAAAAACUAAUAGACAGAACUGAAAUGGAAAUAGCGAUGUUGGAAUCCCACAUGCCAAUGCUCAAAGAGGGCUGCAGACAGUGUUUGCCAGGCUGGACUGUCAUUAACUCCAUGUGUUACUUCUUCGCUUUAUCUGAGGAACUUUCACGGAGAUCAUGGAUGGAUGCCAGACAUUUCUGCAAGAGGCAAGGAAGCGACUUAUUGGUGAUCAACAGCAGAGAGGAACACAUGGCCCUUGCUGAAAUGAUAAAAAUGUCUCGAGACCCCUCGAGAUCGAUGAGCCAGAGUGGAUUCUGGAUUGGACUGAGAGAUGCAGAUGUGGAAGGAAGUUGGACGUGGUUGGAUGGGACAAGGGUGGAGGAGGGGUACUGGAAUAUUGGAGAGCCUAACAACCAAAACAAUGAAGACUGUGCAGCUAUGUAUCCCAGAGACAACCCCUUUAAUUCAUGGAACGAUGCUCCAUGCAACUGGAACCUGAAAUGGAUUUGUGAGAGGACACCAAGACCUUUUAGCUCUAGCUUAAAUGUUUAAACAGAGAGUCAAGUCUGGCUUUAAGGCAUGGACGCGUCUUCUGAAUUUUUUUUUUCUUUAUUGUCAUGUCUUUUGCAAGAGACUACAAAAUGGCAAAGAAGAUUAAAAUAUGAAAAAUACACCUGAGUUAUAAAGGCAUCUACAAAAUGUAUGUAAAUUCUGUAACUGUUACAAAUAAAACCUUCACCUUUA